AUGUUAUUUUCUUUUCUUCGAGAAUUCUCCCAUUUUUUUUUUGUCUGUGUGUUUGAAUCCAUCGAAGGGCCAUAUCUCGUUAUAUGGUUGUUUUGCCUUGUUCGAGCUCCGCAGCGUUACUUCGUUUUACAGCUCUUGCCAGUCGGUCAUUUGGGCCCUACGCUGGCUUUUUCAUCCAUUCUCGAGUCUUCAAAAGUACGUCUGCCAAGUCAGGGCGUUCUCGUUCUGGAAUUCAGAGAACUUCGCAGAAUGGAGGCGCCCAAGUCGAACACCCCCUCUGUCAGAGUGGCUUUUGAAGGAUGUGGACAUGGCUGUUUGCAUGAGAUCUAUGCCUCUGUCGAACGAGCUGCCACUCUUAAGGGAUGGGAUGGCGUCGAUUUGGUUGUAAUUGGAGGUGACUUUCAGGCUGUACGCAAUUCCAAUGACUUGGCCUGUAUGGCUGUUCCAAAGAAGUUCCGACAGAUCGGAGACUUCCACGAGUACUACAGCGGAAAGCGAACCGCUCCAUACCUGACCAUCUUCAUAGGUGGCAACCAUGAAGCGAGUAAUCAUUUAUCCGAGCUCUACUAUGGUGGUUGGGUGGCCCCUAACAUCUAUUAUAUGGGUGCUGCGAACGUCCUUCGCUUUGGUCCUCUACGUAUUGCUGGUCUAUCAGGCAUUUACAAAGGCUAUGACUAUACAAAGCCUCACUUUGAAAGACUACCUUACAACGAAGGGGAGAAGCGCAGCAUAUUUCAUGUGCGUGAGCUGGAUGUCCGCAAGCUUCUGCAAAUCCGUACGCAGAUUGAUCUUGGUCUGUCCCACGACUGGCCCAGAGGCGUCGAGUAUUCUGGAGAUUAUGAAAGGCUUUUUCGCAUAAAGAAAGACUUUCGCUACGAUUCAGAGCAAGGUCUCCUAGGUAGCCUGGCGGCAAAGUACGUUCUCGACCGUCUGCGUCCCGCCCAUUGGUUUUCUGCGCAUUACCACAUCAAGUUUACAGGUUCUGUUCAGCAUGGCAAGUAUGCCAUUCCCCUUGGGCACAAAGCGCAACAAAAAUCUCAACAUGAUCUUCUUCAGCCUCAGAAGCUCCCUUACAUGUUUGGCAUGGACGGCGCCUCAGUUUCCCGAAGCUUGAGUGACUUCAUCGAAGCAGAACAUGAGCCCGAAGGAAAGGAGCCUAAAGUCGAAAAAAAAAAGCAAGAACUAGAGGGAAUUCAAUCGUCUUCAGAUCAUCCUGGUAAUGAGGUUACGAACACCGAAGCCGCUACGUCUAGUUCCGAAACGUCCACCCUUAAUCCUGAAGCGAGGGCCUUCAAUCCUAGCUCAGACGAAAAGCCAUCCGAUGAAGUGGCUCACCAAGUUCCAGAACACGUCACUAUCGCGGCAACCUCUACCCAGGGCUCGGGCCAGCAGCAGAAUGAUGACACCACGAGCCGUAUUUCCGCAUGGAAAAAUUUCCACAAUGUAGCAGCCAGCCAGGAAGCUGAGGAGAACUCUCGCUUUUUGUUGGAACAAAGUAACUCCCAAGCAGUUCGCAACAUACAACACAAUUUGACCUGGCGCCAGGUUGACAUCGAUCAUGACGGGACAAGACGGAGGCUAGGUGUGGAGGGAUCUGAGUCUGCAGACGGCCCUGGUAGCAAAAAGCAGAAAAUCAGCCAUGAUGCUAGUAUCGUGAAGAACGCGGACGAAAUUGACCUGGAUCUUAGUGAUUCCGACCAGGAGGGCCAAGCUGAAAUCACGCCUAGUUUUGAGACCAGGGCACCUGCACAGAUCUCGGAGAACACUGGAAAAUCCGAAGGAGUGCCUGAAGACAUUCGAAACCAACUUCCUGCCAGCUUUGCUCGUCCUUCGUCUGCUUCAGAACCUGCUCAGGACAUGCCCGUCAGCGAGCCUCUGCCAGAAGCUAUAACAAACACGACCACUCAAUUCCUCGCUCUAGACAAGUGCACGCCUCGCAACCAGUUUCUUCAACUUCUAGAGCUCCAGCCGAUAUCUGAACAGGAUGGCGUGCAAUCUCAGCGUCCUUACCGCUUGCAGUAUGACAAGGAGUGGCUAGCGAUUCUUCGGGUUUUUGCCAACGACCUUGAAUUAGGCGGCAAUCCCGAUGAUACCCCCUGUCCCGACAAAGGGAACGCCGUUUACAAGCCUCAGAUCAUCGAGGAGGAGAAAUGGAUAGAAGAGAAUGUGGUUAAGCCCGGUAAACUCGAUGUUCCGGAAAAUUUCACCAUCACCGCUCCAGUUUAUGAUGAAUCGGUUCCUAUCACGACAGAGCAAAUGCCGUUAGACUAUAAUAACCCUCAAACCGCCCAGAUUUGUGAACUUAUUGGCAUUGAGAAUAAAUUCUAUGUUAGCGAAGAAGUCAGUCGGGCGCGUGCCGCUGCCGGUCCACGGACGGAUCAUUCCAGAACAGGAGGCAGCGGUACAUCCAUGCGACGCGGGUUUGGCCACGGCCGUGGACAUGGAGGCGGUCGCGGCCGAAACCGUCGGUAUUGA